UACGACACUAUCGUCUCAUGUCUGACGAAAAAGUUAUCACUAGUGUAGGCUGUAACUGUAAACUCUAACUUGAUCAUUGACGUACAACGUCUUUGUAAAUUUAGGAAGCAUCAAAAUGGGGGGGAAAAGUUAGGCUGUUGUCACGUGCUGCUAAAACAUGGCAUAAUACAGAAAAAGUGCCUACUUUUGAUGAACAAAUAUUUAAUGAAAUAAAGAUAUGAUUAUCUGGAUAACAGGUCAUCGUAAGGAACCUUGUUUGUUUUUUGUAAAUAACAGUAGGAGGCAUGGUCUGCAUUUGAUUUUUUAGAAAACAUUUGCAAAUGAAAUGUAUGGAAAAUGUUUUCAGUUUUCAAGCUACCAGUGUGUUUAAUGACAACAACUAGGAGUUAUCAUGUCUCAUCCUUUCUCAAUAAAAUUCAACCACAAAACUUGAAAAACAAAAGUAAAAGUUCCCAGGAAUGGUUGUCAAGACAACUAAAUGACCCAUAUAUAAAGAAAGCUCGAUAUCACAACUAUAGAGCUAGAAGUGCUUUCAAACUGCUAGAAAUAAACGAAAGAUUCCAGCUACUGAAACCAGGCAUGAUGGUGGUUGAGUGUGGAGCAGCACCAGGAGCAUGGACACAGGUUUUGGUUGAAAAACUUAACCAAACUUCUCAAGGUAAACAUUUAAAAGGAAGAGUUAUAGCUCUGGACAUUAAGUCCAUGGAGCCUGUUAUGGGAGCUGAAACCAUCUCUGGUGUAGAUUGUACAGAACAUUCUACCCAAGAUAAAGUUCUGAAAAUGUUAGGAAAUCAGAAAGUUGAUAUUGUGCUCAGUGACAUGGCACCAAAUGCCACAGGAAUAAAGGAAAUGGACCAUGAACAAAUCACUUCACUGGCCUACAGUGCUCUAACGUUUUCAUUUAAUUUACUACAAGUUGAGUCAGGAGUGUUUUUAUGUAAGAUUUGGGAAGGAAAAAAUACUGAAAGAUUGGCUUCAGAUUUGAAAAAGUUUUUUAAGUUAGUUAAGCAUGUUAAACCAGCAUCAAGUCGUACAGAUUCAUCAGAAUUAUAUUUUCUGGCAAAAGGUUUUAGAGGAAUAACUGUAGUUUAACUUUUCUUAUCUGUAUUAAAAGAAAAAUAUGUUAGUUUUUUUUUCUUUCAAACAUUUCAGCAUGGUUUUUAUUUAUAAUAUGA